GUUUCUAUACACACAUGUCUCCCGGCACUUCCUGUGUGCAGGGCGCCAACUUCCCCGGGAACAGAGAGCGCUGUGUACGGAGAGAGGGAGGAGAUUGGUCUGUACGGCGAUCCGUAGCUGAUGAUUGGCCAGGAUGGAGCGCUGUGUGGAGUAGUUAGUAGUGAUCCCGGACAAUGGAGCACAACGUGCAGAAUGUUACCCUAUCUCUGACCCUGCCGAUCAGCUGUCACAUCUGUCUGGGCAAGGUACGGCAACCUGUUAUUUGCGUCAACCAUCAUGUUUUCUGUUCGAGUUGCAUUGAUUUGUGGCUGAAGAACAACAACCAAUGCCCAGCCUGCAGAGUACCUAUUACACCUGAUCAUCCCUGCAAAAACAUCAUAGGAGGGACAAGUGAAAAUGAAUGUGUGCUCAGUCAUUCAGUGCGAAAACACCUCCGAAAAACUAGACUUGAUCUUCUUCAAAAAGAGUAUGAGGAUGAAAUUGAAUCCCUAUUAAAAGAGGCAGAAGAACUAAGAACAGCAAAUCUUACAUUAGAAAAAAGGCUUAAUGACGUUGCUAAUCCUAUCGCUGAGUCGUCACCUUGCAGUUGUGGAAAUGGGCAAGCAGAGGACAAGAGCAGUGUUUGUAAUAAACUGCUAGAGGACUGGAACAGAAAGCUUGAGGAGGUCAAUGCUGCAAAUAAAAGAGUUACAGAGGACAUUGACAAGUUCAAAGAGGAAAAUAGAAGGCUGAAAAAUGAAAACAUUGACAUUGUGAGAGAGAACUUGAGGCUGAAAAAUGAAGUAGAACUCCGUUCACCUCAAAAAUUUGGACGGUUUACAGUGGCUGCAUUGCAAGCUAAAGUAGAUCAGUAUGAAAGAGAGAUGAGCAGACUCAAAAAAGCUCUAGAGAGGAGUGAUCAAUACAUAGAAGAACUGGAAGCGCAGAUUGUGCAUCUGAAAAGGCCACCAGAGGAUAAGCAAAUAGAAAAAUCUCAGUGUGGAAAUACUGCCCUCAUGGAAGAACAUACUGGCAGAGCUACAACUAGUCACGUCUGUAAAGAUAUUAGCACUGCCAAAUCAUUUCCGAAGUACAGCAAGGAUGAUGGAAUUUAUUCUGAUGACACCAAAGGCCUUUGCCCCAUUUCUGUUAGAUUAAAGCAAACACAAUCUAAAACUAUUGGCUCACCUAAACUGAAAAAUGGUUUACAUACCACUGCUUUGAAUGGCGAGGAACAAACUAGCUUGGCUAGAGACAAUCCUAGCGAGAUCAUGGUUUCAAUGUCCCAGGGCCGGGGUAGCCCUUCUUCGUCCAUACCUUUCAGCUCUCUUCAGCUAAACACACCAAACUGCAAAACUAGCUCUCUCAGCAAUACAAAUUUAAAAAAGCCACUAACAUACCUUCGAAAAUUAGUGUUUGAUGAUUUGCCUCGGAGGCGGGAACUUGGCAGAUUGGGUCCUGUAGGUAAUGAGUACAAUGUAAAUAAUGCUGAUGGAGCAACACUACCUGGGCAAACAAAUGCUGUAUUUUCACAUUUUUGCCAUAUUAAAGGAGACUACCAGGAUAAGAAUUCUGAAAAGGCAGACCCUAGUUUACAGCUCAGAAAACAAGGAAGAAAUGCAGCAGAUCAAUUUUUAAGCAGGUUACACAGUAUAAGUGGAGAAGACUUAAACCAGGCUGGGACCUCGUGUGAAAACACUGCAGAUGUAAACUUGAAUUAUAAUAAUUUGAUGUCUCGCCUGGAAAGCCAAGAAAAUCUUCCUCAUACAAGUGUUUCCUGUUUGACACCAGACUGGGUAAAACAGUUUCAAAGUGACUCUCCAGUCCACAUGUGUGAAUCUUCUGAAAAAACGACACUGUCUCAUCAUGAAAGCAGUCUGUUCAACUCGCUGUCCUCCUCUUCUUUAGCCGACAAUGCAGAACAAGCAGAUUUGUUUAUGGCUCAGUCAUCUACCGAUAGGUAUAAUAUAGACUUUAAUAACCACUUGCACUCAAAUAAUUUACCUUGUGAAGAGGAAGUCAGACCUCAUGCUUAUUCAGAUAAGGUCUUAAUUCCAGGAUAUAUUUCCGAGCCAGUGUGUCCAUCUUCCUCUCUUCCUCAAAUGUACUGUGGGAGUCCUCCAGCAAAACGAAAACUACUGAACCGAAGUAAAAAAAGUCCUUCAAAAUCCCCCAAACAUUGAACCUGCAUCCUCCCUCACAUCAUGUCAAUAUAAGUUGGGAUGAUUGAUUUAGAAGCUGAACAAGCUUGUAAAAUAUCCAUUGACUGCUAUUUUUAAAACACAGUAUUUGAUACACAUCUAUUUUUCUAUACUACUUUAUGUUUAAGCUGUAAUUAAAUGUUUUUAAACGGUUUUGAAA